AUGCACUCUCCCAAGAAAAAAAACCUAUAGCAAUACACACCAAACUGAGACUGUGCAGAGUGACUCCACACGAUAUGUCUUAUCAGGAGAUAAGAGAGGAACAGUGAAAUAAGGGGAGGAUCAGAGAAGUCGGGAUCAAACGGCCUUUUUACACAAUGCAGGGGAUUAACCCCUCAGGUUCCACAGUAAGUAUAACAAGCAUGCUUUACUGCCAGGGGCAGACUGACAACUCAUGGGGCCCCCGGGCAACAGGGGAUCAUGGGGCCCCUGUGUCCUUGCCCAAACUCAAAAAAAGCGUA